ACCCUGAGAGCUUUGCGCUUACCCAGCGAGGAACGCACCCUCCCUCUUUCUUUCUCUACACCUUCUCCACGUCUCUCUCUAGCUCCCAUUAACACGUGCCUCUCCCUCGCUCGCUCCUUUAGUUUCCCUCCUCUCCCUCUUUCACGCAUUAUCCUCCCCUCAUUUGGUGGGACCAGCUGCUGCUACCAAACAUUUCAGUCGUUCCUUGUGGGCUCCAUUCUGCUGCUGCCCCCCUCCUGCAGCCAGCUCUCCGCUCUGCUGCCAGCGUCACCACCACCGCCCCUUUUCAGACAACACAGGGACAGACCGACAGCACUCCUCUCUUCUACUGACAAAAUGACAGCCGUUCUGGACCUCAACCAGAUUGCCAUUGCUUGUACGACCAUUGAUGUAAUGGAGCAUGACAUCGAGACCCCCCAUGGUGUCCUGCAUGUGACGAUGAGGGGCAGCCCCAAGGGCAACAGACCGGUCAUCCUCACCUACCAUGACAUUGGACUCAACCAUAAGUCCUGUUUCAACACCCUGUUCAAUUUUGAGGACAUGCAGGAGAUCACAUCCCACUUUGCUGUGGUCCAUGUGGACGCCCCAGGACAGCAGGAGGGUGCUCCCCCAUUCCCCACGGGCUACCAGUACCCUACCAUGGAUGAGCUCUCUGAGAUGCUGCCCUCUGUCAUGGCUCAACUGAAGGUGAACAGUGUGAUUGGGAUUGGAGUUGGAGCUGGAGCCUACAUCCUUUCCAGACUGGCUCUUAAUGAGCCUGCCCUGGUUGAAGGUCUGGUUCUCAUCAAUGUAGACCCCUGUGCAAAGGGCUGGAUGGACUGGGCCGCCUCCAAGAUGUCCGGCUGGACCAGUAACCUGGUUGACAUAGUGAUGGCCCACCACUUCAGUGACGAUGAGCUGUCUGACAACCAGGAGAUCACCCAGACAUAUCGCCUGCACAUUGCCCAGGAUAUUAACCAGGACAACCUGGCCCUCUUCUGCAACUCCUACAACAGCCGCCGGGACUUGGAGAUCGAGAGGCCCAUCACUGGUCUGACUGAGGACACAGUGAACACGCUCAAAUGCACUUCUCUGCUGGUGGUUGGUGACACGUCCCCUGCUGUUGAUGCAGUGGUCGAAUGCAACUCCAGGUUAAAUCCAACCAAAACAACCCUUCUUAAGAUGCAAGACUGUGGCGGGCUUCCUCAGGUCAUCCAGCCGGGUAAACUCGCGGAGGCCUUCAAAUAUUUUGUCCAGGGAAUGGGUUACAUCCCUCAUGUACUGCUUAGCCACCUGGGCAGCGAAUCAGUGCCCACGGCCAGUAUGACCCGGCUGGUGCGUUCUCGCACCCACUCUGCCUCCAGCAUGGGCUCUGUGGAGGGCACCCGUAGCCGCACCCACACACAGCUAGAGGGUGCCACUGCCGCCGGCCCGGCUGUUGAACAGGCCAGGCCACAGACCAUGGAGGUGUCCUGCUAAAGCACCAUGCCCAGAAAACAUCCUCCUCCCUCCUUCCCUCUCUCACUUUUUUUCUCCCUUUCCCAUGCUCAGUCAGAGAGGAUUGGAAUCCAGAGGGGGCAUCUGAAACGUGUUCGGAAAGAUCAUUUAUGAAGCAGUCCGGUCCUCUGCUGUGUUCACUCUCACUGUUUCCUGUUGUUGUCUAUCUAUCAUGCCUUUCUGUGCAUGACUGCGGUGGUACGGCAACCUGAAAGUCAGUAAGCAGCCGGGCGAUGCUGCUUUUCUGGUUACCUAUUUCUUGUUUUGCUGUCUACCGCCUCUCUUUUUUUGUGGGUUUUUUAUCCUUAAGAUAUAUAUGAGCUAUAUUUGUAUUUAUAACUACUAUUUGGAUCAGUGUGUCAGUUUAAAGAGGAGCGUUUGGAAAAGCAUCAGGCGUUUUCUCUUGCAAAGUACUCUUUAAGACAUUAGGUUCCCUGUUUUUCUCUUUCUCCCUCAGAGGUCUUCCUCACCUUGUGUGCAGAUCAGACCAAAUCACAACAUCCCUCUCUACCUCCUCCUUAAUGGUCCAUUCCUAAAUCAGUCUCAUGCAGACUCACUUGCACACCUUUCCGACUACUUACAAAAUCUCUUUAUUUCAGUGUUUUUUGUAAUUGUUAUUAUGUUGUGAUUUGUGAAAUACCUUUGCUUUCCUGUAUUGCAAAAUUAUGUGAUAAACCCACUCUUGUUCUGUACCUUUAUACCAAGAAUAUCUGACAGCAUGACCCUGUUGUAGAUGAAACGUAAGGAAGGUGUCUGUAAAAUUGCUUUUGUUUAGAUGUAUCUAGAAAUAGUUACCUUGUGGUGUUAUUGUUGAUUUUUCUCUUUCAAGCAAUUCAAUUUAUUUGAAAUGGCAGGCAGGGUUGUUGAUACCCCCAUUGUUACUGACAGGCAGAGAAAAGAACCACCAUUUCCUGUAGUUUAUUUAAAGUUCAGAGCAAUCACUUGAUAAUGUUCUAAGUCAGAGAACCUAAACUAGCCCACAGCUCAGUGAGUUAGGCGUUUAACUGUGUGCCAGUUGAGGUACAGAUAACAUGACUGCCUCCUCCCUUGUAUAAAACAUUCUAACUGGAAGCAAGUCAUGUUUUCCAUUCUAAUUCAAUAAUGACGGGGUGAAAACAGCAACUGAAAACAGACUGUGGAUAGUGUAAUAAACUGUUAUUAUUAAUAUUAUUGGUCAUUUUCUCUGUUUUUUUUGCGUUUCUCUCUGAUUGUACUACAGCUUGGGUGAGCUUGUGGUGAUAAUGCAUUGUGCUCUGUCCCCAUAGUAUGGGUGUGUGCUGUAAGUCAUACUGUCUGCUGACUAUAUACAUUUGUACUGAUAAUAAAAUAAAGCUAGAAGUUGUACAUUA